AUGACUGCUCGAACAUGGCAGCGUGACUCGAGGGAUAGGACCUCUUUGCAACCAACCCCAGCUGCAGCAGUUGAUAUGCUUCCCCCAGUUGCCUAUUCAGAUAAUCCUUCUACAAGCUUUGCUGCGAAGUUUGUUCACACAUCUCUGAACAAGAACCGUUGUUCAAUCAACUGUGUAUUGUGGACACCUUCAGGAAGGCGUCUUAUCACGGGCUCCCAAAGUGGGGAGUUUACUCUUUGGAAUGGGCAAUCUUUCAAUUUUGAAAUGAUUCUUCAGGCACAUGAUCAACCUAUAAGGUCGAUGGUAUGGAGCCACAAUGACAGUUAUAUGGUUUCUGGUGAUGAUGGAGGCACGAUAAAGUAUUGGCAAAACAAUAUGAACAAUGUGAAAGCCAAUAGAACUGCUCACAAGGAAUCCAUUCGUGGUCUAAGUUUCUGUAAAACAGAUUUGAAGUUCUGCUCGUGCUCUGAUGAUAAGACUGUUAAAGUUUGGGAUUUUGCCAAGUGCCAAGAAGAAAGUUCAUUAACCGGUAACGCAGGCCAUGGUUGGGAUGUCAAGAGCGUUGACUGGCACCCCACAAAGUCCCUACUAGUUUCUGGUGGAUCAGACCAUAUUGUCAAACUUUGGGAUACUAGAACUGGGAGAGAGCUUUGCUCACUUCAUGGUCACAAAAACAUUGUGUUUAGUGUGAAGUGGAACCAAAAUGGCAAUUGGCUUUUAACAGCCUCGAAAGAUCAAAUAAUCAAGCUGUAUGAUAUAAGGACUAUGAAGGAGCUUGAAUCCUUCCGUGGGCACAAGAAAGAUGUAACAUGUAAGCUGUCAAAUUCUGUUAUGAUCAUCUUCAAUCACGUGAUAGCAGACAAACUGCCUUUGUCGAACUUUUUUGAAGCUGUGGCAUGGCAUCCCUUCCAUGAAGAAUACUUUGUCAGUGGGAGCUCUGACGGAUCCAUUUGUCAUUGGAUUGUGGGGCAUGAAAACCCACAGAUUGAAAUCCCAAAUGCUCAUGAGAACAGUGUUUGGGAUCUUUCAUGGCAUCCUAUUGGAUAUCUUCUUUGCAGUGGUAGCAAUGAUCACUCAACCAAGUUUUGGUGCAGAAACAGACCUGCAGAGCCAGAUAACCCUCGAGAUGUCCUUACUAUGCAGAACCAAGGCUAUAAUGAACAAGGUUUUGGCAAUCGCUUGACUGAUAGUUUCCAACCAUCCGAGGCAUCACCAACUCCUGGAGCAUUUGUUCCUGGGCUGACACGGACCGAGGGGACCAUCCCAGGAAUCGGAAUAGCAAGGCCAUUCGAUGGAUCCUCUCAAGGGGAACAUAAACAGCCUCUUGCAGGUACAGGGGCUCCUCCGCUGCCACCUGGUCCCCACCCAUCGCUUAUCGGAAGUAGCCAGCAGCAAGGGUAUCAGCAACAACAGCACCACCAAGGUCAUCCCCAGCAAAUGCCCCCAAUGAACAAUAUGGGUCAUCUUCAGCUACCACCGUCAUCUCAUAUGCCGUUGCACCCUCAUCCUCAUCAUCCCCGGCCUAUGCAAAUGCCUCCUCACGGUCACAUGCCACCUUCCUCAAUGCCUCAUCAGAUGCCCGGAUCAAUGGUAAUGCAAGGGGGCAUGAAUCCUCAGAUGUCGCAAAGUCAUUAUAUGGGUGCUCCUUCGGGAGUAUAUCAAGGACCACCAAGCAGUGGUGGACCACAAAUGUAUCCCCAUGCACGUGGCUUCAACCGUCCACAGAUGAUGCCAGGGCCAGGCUACAACAACCCUUUCCAGCAGCAGCAGCAGCCACAACCGCCUUUACCCUCGGGCCCUCCACCCAACACCAGUCAGCAGCAUCAGUAG